UUUGUAAUAUAAUUAUUCAUAUUUCUAUAGAGGGCACCAAAGUUGCAAUUAUAUCGUUAAUGCCUCAUUUGUUCCCUGUAAUCACGAUUAAAAAAGGUAAACCAAGAGAUUGGAGACCUUCUAGGGAAGAAUGUGAAGAAGCAUUUCUUUUACAUGUGAAGACGAUUACUGAUUUGGAUGCAAGAUUAGAAGAGCGUACGAAAAAAUUGCGAUCAUUUGGUGUGACCUCGCAGCCCAUUACAGUGAUAGUUGGUCCCAGCUUUGAUGAAAUUCAUCAGUGCUUUGUUGUAAUCAACAACUUGCGAUAUGAAGUAGAAACACCACUGAAAGGUAGACCUCGUUUUUAAAAUAUGUACUGCUUUAAAUAUUGAAUAUCCUCUCGAAAUAAGGCAACUCUUCAUGUUUUUGCAAAGAGCUGUAUACAAUUUUGAAACUUUGUGGGAUAAGCAUAAAAACUCUCAACUCACUUGUAGUGUUCUUGCUUUGAUUAAAGAAUACAAAAGAUUAUAAAUCUUUUUUCCAAAAGUAUUUCAUUAGCGUCAUGCCUAAGUGUUUUUUAUGUAAAAAAACAGAAACAUCUGUCAAUGGUUUAUUUAUGCAUUUUGAUUUUAAACAUCGUGCUCAUUCAUUCACAGUUUUUAAAUGUGGUGAAAAUGGAUGUUAUCGACAAUGGUCGUUGCGAAAUUCAUUGCGAAAACAUUUAGUUGGACCUAAUCAUAAUUUUCCUGCUUGGUCUACUAUUAAGUCUACUCAUGAACAUCGUAUUGAUUGUAAUAACGCUGAAAUUUUUAAUGAAUGUAUUAACCAGGUUAAUACAAGUAAUUCUGAUAUAUUAUCAACAGAAAUUGGUGCCAAAAAUUAUUUGCGUGAAAUAACUCUUAUUGACAAUGAGUCUAUUAUAAAAGAUCGCAGUAAUGCUUUUGUUGCAAAAUUAUAUAAUAAACCUUCAAUCCCACGAAACCAUAUUCAAUCCAUUAUUGAUGAUAUUAUAUUUCUAAUAAGUCGCCAUAGUUCCAUUUUAAAAGAAAAAAUUGUUUCACACUUAAAUACACUUGGUUCUGAUAAUGAAACAAUGAAAGAUAUAACAUCAAUAUUGGAUUGUCUAGAACAUUCAUUCAACCAUCUUCAGAAUGAGUACCAACGUGUUAAAUAUUUUAAGUCUUCUACUAAUUAUAUAGCUCCUAUUAAGUAUUGCAUAGGUAACAGAAGGGUAUGUAAAGAUACUGGAUCAUUUCUUGUUGAAAAAGUUAAAGACGUUUAUAGUUAUUUCAUACCUUUGAGACAGGUAUUACAACAAUUUUUUGAACUGCCUGAUGCAUUUACUGCUACAAUGCAUUACAUUAAUUCACUUAAAGAUUCAGAUAGUGUAAAGAACUUUAUUCAAUCUAAACUUUGGUGUCAGAAGAGAAAGAACUUUGACAGUAAUGCUACUGUUUUACCACUUUUUAUUUAUUAUGAUGAUUGGGAAGUGAAUAAUCCAUUGGGAUCUCAUAGUGCUGCUCUUGGAGGAGUAUAUUGUUACUUACCCUGUCUGCCACUUGAAUGCAUAUCUCGUUUGGAGAAUAUUUUCUUAGUUCUCUUGUUUCAAUCUCAAGACCGAAAAGAAUUUGGGAACAAACAAAUAUUUGCACCUUUGAUUGAGGAGCUUAAUUUUUUAGAACAAAACGGGAUAACAGUUACUAUAAACGGUAAUAUCCAUAAAAUCUACUUUGUACUAGGUUUACUAUUUGGCGACAAUUUAGGACUCCAUGCUAUGUGUGGUUUUCUUCAAAGUUUUCGUGCUAACUAUGCAUGUAGAUUUUGCAAAUUACAUCGCACUCUUUGUGGAACUACCUGUCUUGAAGACGAAACUGUUCUCAGAACACAUACAUCUUAUGUAACUGAUUUAGCCUUAGAAAAUAGUUCACUUACUGGAAUUACAGAAGAAUGCGUCUUUAAUGAAGUCAAUUCAUUUCAUGUGACUGAUAAUGCUUAUGUUGACAUCAUGCAUGAUGUUUUAGAAGGUAUUGCUCACUAUGAUAUGAUUCCAAUAAUAAGUCAUUUUAUUGACAUCGGUGAUUUUAACUUGUCAAAUCUCAAUCACAGUGUGCAAAUGUUUCAUUAUGGUCCUGGUGUACAAGAUAAACCACCUUAUAUUGAUAAUGAUUUUGCAACAAAAAGCAAACUAAAAAUGACAGCCUCAGAAAUGUUUAUCUUUUGUAGACUUUUCGGUGUUAUUAUUGGACAUUGUGUGAAAUCAUAUAAUGAUCCAUUUUGGAAAUUGUAUUUGUUAUUAAAAGAAAUUCUUGAACUUUUGCAAAGUAGAUCAGUGUCAGACGAUUUUGCUUCUGCAUUUAAAGUAUUAGUUUUGGAACACCAUAACCAAUAUAUGAAAUGCACGAACGAACGUUUAAAACCAAAACAUCAUCAUCUUGUUCACUAUUCACGCGUCAUGAUGCAAUCUGGUCCACUUAUUUUAUUAUCUGCGAUGAGGCUUGAAGGAUUUCAUAAAGCUCUUAAGAAAAUUGCUAAAGUUAUAACGUCAAGAAAAAAUAUUGCUUUUUCCAUUGCUACUCGUUAUCAACUUUCGUUUUGUUAUAAACUAAUGGCUCAGGAAAGUAUUAUUCCAACUUUUGAAGUAGGAUCAGGAAAUAUUAAUAUUACUAAACACGAUCGCUUUAACUAUUUUGCACCAUUCUUGCCAACUAAUAUACUUCGUGAUCCACAUUCUUUUAUUACAAACUUUGUUAAUUAUAAAGGCACUCGGUAUCAAUCCAAAAUGGUAUUGGUUUGUGGAACGGACGAAAAUUCCUGUCCUAUUUUUGCAGAAAUUCAACACAUUAUUCUUCAUCAAAAUAAUCUUUUUUUUAUUUGUUUCUCUGUUCUAAAUAUGGGCCUUAAUUGUGAUAUUGGUGGUUUUGAAGUAGAACGAAGUACUAAGUGGAUUUUUAUUAAAUAUGAAGACUUAUUGGAUCCUUUUCCUUUGUUCAUUUAUACUAUGGCAACUGGUGAGCGAUAUAUUAUUUUACAUCAUCCUGUGUGAUAUUACUUUUCACCUAAUGUCAUACUUUCCUGAGUCUGUUUACAUGUUUAUGUGUGUAAUACAAUACCAUAUAUUUUAUAUGAAGAUAUUUUAUGUUAAAAUGAGUAAAUUUUUUUAUUUAUUAAUUUUAUAUGAAAAGAGCACACACGUUAUAUGCGUUAUUGUUAAGUACUUAUAAUAUUAAAUAUAAUUUCGUAAUACUAAGUAAUCUCUUUUACAAUAC